AUGGCGAAAACCUCAAAACUGAGUAAACAAAACACUUGUUUAACCAACAGCAAUACUGAUAAUGGCAUUUCUAAAGGGAAGAGGAAGCGAAAAGCCAGAGAUUCGCCGUCUCAACGACGUAGUUCAAUCUACAGAGGUGUCACCAGGCACCGAUGGACGGGUCGAUAUGAGGCUCAUUUAUGGGAUAAAAAUUGCUGGAACGAGUCGCAGACUAAAAAAGGAAGACAAGUAUAUUUGGGGGCCUACAAUGAGGAAGAAGCAGCUGCACAUGCAUAUGACUUGGCAGCAUUAAAGUAUUGGGGUCAAAACACAAUUCUUAAUUUCUCUGUGUCUACGUAUGAAAAAGAGAUAAAGGAAAUGGAAAGUCAAUCAAGAGAAGAAUAUAUUGGUUCUUUGAGAAGGAAAAGUAGCGGAUUUUCAAGAGGAGUCUCGAGAUAUAGAGGAGUAGCUAGACACCACCACAAUGGACGAUGGGAGGCUCGCAUUGGCAGGGUGUUUGGAAAUAAGUAUCUCUACCUUGGAACAUAUGCUAGUGAAGAGGAAGCAGCAAUGGCAUAUGAUAUGGCAGCUAUACAGUACCGUGGACCAAACGCUGUUACAAAUUUUGACAUCAGCCGUUACAGAAACUGUUCAGGUCCAAACCCUAAUGACAUGAAUCCCAUGCCUAGCACCAAAGAAGAAAAAACAUCAUCCGCCGUAGACUGCCCGGAGACACCACCGGAGGUGGAGAAAUCUCAGAGGAGUACUACUUUCCCAGAUGACAUACAAACGUAUUUUGACUGCCAAGAUUCCAGUAGCUUUGUGGAGGAUAGUCAUAUUAUUUUUGGAGAUUUAGAGUCAUUUGUGAUGCCUAUGAUGUUUGAAUGUCAUCAACUUGAGGAAUUUUUAUCUUUUUCUCCGUACUCAGAACUUGAACUCGAGACUUCUGAUUAAAGUUGGAGCAAUCUCACCAUUGCACCACAAUCUAUAUGUUGGUUACGUGAGGGGGUAUAUUAAUUGUUUCUUAGUUUUGAUAUAUUGAAGAAUUAAUUUUUUAGUACUUUAUUACAAGAGAGGAGAGAAAUUAA